AUGGCAAACGUUCAGCAUAUAUCGGUGCCUUCAAAGGUGCUGUUCCAGAAAGCCCGCAAGCUCGUCCCCCCGAUGCUAGAGAAAUUCCACAAGGGACAGCAGGGUCGAGUUGCUGUUAUUGGAGGCUCGCUAGACUACACAGGUGCACCAUACUUCUCUGCGAUGGCGUCAGCUAGACUAGGAUGUGAUAUGAGUCAUGUCAUUUGUGAGAGUUCGGCUGCUACUGUCAUCAAAUCAUACUCACCUAAUCUAAUGGUGCACCCGAUCUUACCAAGCAGCGCUUCAGUCAAAGACACCAACUCAAUCGAUGCCCCAUCCUUAGCAAGCCCCAUCAUCGCAAUGCUCUCACGGCUUCAUGCGCUUGUCAUCGGUCCCGGUCUAGGCCGAGAUGGAGUUACUCUUAAGGUGGUCAAGGAGGUUAUGAAAGAGGCACGGUCCCGUUCAAUACCCUUCGUCUUGGAUGCGGAUGGUCUACUCUUGGUUACAGAGGAUCCGGAACUCGUGAAAGGGUACAGGAAUUGUAUCUUGACGCCAAAUGUCAUGGAGUUCAGCCGCCUGGCCAAGGCGCUUGGGAUCGAAGUCCCUAAUCUGGCUCAGAUCUCUUCCAACCGAAGCGAUGCAGAUAAGACGAGCCGGGAAGCAGAAGCCUGCGAGAAGCUCUCGGAAGCUCUGGGAGGGGUCACAAUCAUUCAGAAGGGAAUGCACGAUGUGAUUUCGAAUGGUAUCACGAGCAUUGUCUCUGACCUCCCGGGGGGCCUGAAGCGUAGUGGCGGUCAGGGUGAUACUCUCACCGGAUCGUUGGGGACACUGUUGGGCUGGAGGGCGGCCUACCACGAUGCACUUUGGGACUCGGGUGAGAAGGAGAACAAAAAGGAGGCGCAGACCAAGGAGGAGGUCCAGGCGGAGCUAGAGUCGGAGAAGAGAAUGUCCCCAGCCACAACCCUGCUGCUUGCUGCUUGGGCGGGGGCUGCAAUCACGAGGGAAUGUUCCCGCCGCGCUUUCAAGGCAAAGGGGAGGAGCAUGCAGGCUAGCGAUCUCACGGACGAAGUUCACGAGAGUUUCUUGGAGCUUAUUGGCGAACCCGAGGGAUCAAAGGUGCCCGAGCAUCUCUAA